UUGAUUUUUACGACAGACACUCAUCGCUUCUCAAAAUGAAUACGAAACGUUUUAUUUUAUCUCUUUAAACGCAAUAUUAGUAAUUUGUCUAAUAAUGGAUUCUGUAUUUUCUAAUGAAUCAUGUGAUUGGUCGAAACCCGCGGUGGAAACUCCCGGUUCUCGGAUAUGUGGAUAACUUUACGUUGUACGAAGUCGGUCGUUUCCGACAGCAGGUGUGGCAUAAGGUGGUGUAUCACUGAAACUAUGCGAACGGGAAUUUUCGAAUCCCUUUUUUCAGUUCCGUAUUCGAAGUUUUCGACAGAAGAGUAUAAAAUGGACGAUUACUGUUAGUUUUUCUUGCUGGCUCCGUUCUUCCGGUUUCACAUCAUUUCCCACUACUGGACCGGAAACGACGAAGUGCCCCGGAUUUACCAUGGGCAACACCAUGCGCACCUGCAGGGUCCUCCGGUCAAGCCCCAGGAGCCAUCGUUUUCCCAUUCCAACCUCCCAUGAGUGAUCUAGUCAACGAACUUUACAUCAGAUCCCAAGAGGGUCACAUCUUGUCGGGAAAUCUCAAGAACCAUUUUUUUGUACACAGAAUAGACUCAAGUCUGGACAUUGCACAGUACCUGGAAAAAGUUCACCUCAACGGACAGCCGCUUCCUGGUCACGUGAUGGACUGGAACAAUAAAAACGAGACGGGUGAUGUUCUAAUAACAGACUUCAUCAAUCUAUCCACUGUACUGGUCUUUCUGGAACAGAUUCUGGUCGAUGACCUUGAACACGAGAACAGCUCCUCGCAGACCGAGAUGAAGACUCUGGAGAACAAACUGUUCAGCAUCCUGUGUCAGACGGAAACCAUACUGCAGACUCUCGGACUAAAGGUGCCGAGUCACGUGACCAGAGACGUCAUGGACAAUGCUUUGCGUGACGUCAAGAACACCGCGGAUCGUCGUAAACGAGACUACACCAUGGCGAAAGACGCUGUCCAUCUCAUGAAGGCCAACGAAGACAACCAUAUAAAGAUGAAAGCUGCGUACAACUGAGUUGUAUUGAUAUUUAGCAGCUUGAACGAAAACCUCCCUGUGUUCGUAUGACGCAAUGUUUAUUACAUAACAAAACAUAACAAAACUAAUACAGUAAUAGUUAAUACUGGAACAUUUCGUAAAACGAUCGAAAGCAACGAGAAAACAUAAAAUGACAACAAAAAACAAAACAAAAAACAAAACAAAAGAUAUACAAACCUGACAGAUUGACAGACAGCAGACAUACAUACUAAGCUAUCUCCAAAGACGCACCCCCAAUCCCCGCCCCCCCCCCAACCCCCCAAAAAAAAACAACAACAAAAAAAACAAAAACAAAAACAAAAAAAAAACAAACAACAACAAAAACAAACACCAAGUUAAAAAGUAUAUGAUAUUAUCGAAGUUUAUAAAGCGAGAAAAUUAUGAAACCAGGAAUUAAAUACAUUUGCGGUGGGAUUGGACAUCAAACAACCAUUUUUAACAACGUGUGUUGUUGGUUUUGUUAUGGAACAAAUAUUGUGUUAAUGAAAGGGCUGAUGUAUUACUCCUAUAGUGAUGUGAAUGGGCAUUCUGAUAAAAUACUUUUGUAACCAUUUUAUAAUUUACUGGGUUUAACGGUUGUAAAUAUAUUUUAGUAUUUAUGAUCAUCAUUAUAAUUAUUAUAAUUAUAAUAUCAAAGUGCCCAAAAGUAUUUCCGUUGAAGGAAAAUUUAACAUAACGCAUGCUCAGUUAUCAUAUUAAAUGUUAUUGGUGUUUUGUAAAACAGACUUUUUAUGGCAUUGGUUUGUAGCAUUUAUAUUUAUAUAUUAUUUAUUAACAUAUUUUUUGUUACGACAUAUAUAAUAGGUUGUGUUUAUGUGUGUAUUACGUCUAUUGUAAUGUGCAUGGGCAUUUUGAUAAAAUACCUUUAUAAUUCUUCCAUUUUUGCUGGGCUAAUGGUUGUAAAUAUAUUUAUUAUAUUAAUUUUACAUCAUCAUCAUCACCAUCAUCACAAUCAUCAUCAUCACAGUCAUCAUCAUCGCCAUCAUCAUCACCACCAUCAUCGUAUCAAAAUGCCAAAAAGUAUUUCCGUUAUUACAUUAAAAGUGUCUGGUGCUUUGUGAAACUCAUUUUAUGGUAAUGGUUUUUAGCAUUUAUAUGUAUGUACUGAAUGUGUUCCUACGGUCCUAUGUUUGUCUUCCAACAAGCAUACUAUUAUUAUACAAUACUCAAUAUUUGCAUUGUUUCUAAGACAAAUAAAUAUUGAA